ACUAUGAAAACUGUUCAUUUCCUCGUAGCUUUUGUUCUCUUAGCUUCAGCUUCACCACUGGCCCUCGCGUCAGACCCUAGCCCUCUUCAGGACUUUUGUGUUGGAAUCAACAACACCGGGAAUGGCGUGUUUGUGAAUGGGAAGUUCUGCAAGGACCCAGGGCUUGUAAUUGCAAACGACUUCUUCUUUCAAGGGCUUAACAUUCCAAGACCCACAAACAAUCAAGUUGGUUCAACAGUCACCCUUAUAAAUGUUGAGCAAUUCCUAGGACUCAACACUCUUGGCGUAGCCAUAGCUCGAAUUGAUUAUGCACCAAAUGGUGGCGAAAACCCACCACACAGUCACCCUCGAGCAUCAGAAAUCCUUCUAGUCAUGCAGGGCACUCUUUUUGUUGGAUUUGUCACAUCGAACCCAAAUAAUACACUCUUCUCAAAAGUCCUAAACCAGGGAGACCUAUUUGUCUUCCCACAAGGAAUGAUUCACUUCCAAGUGAACUUAGGCAGAACUAAUGCAGUCGCCUUUGCUUCUUUUGGCAGCCAGAACCCUGGUCUCAUUACAGUAGCCAAUGCAGUAUUCGGAUCGAAUCCACGCAUUAAUCCUUUCAUUCUGGCCAGGGCAUUCCAGCUGAAUCCGAAUGUGGUGAAAAAUCUUCAAGCAAAGUUCUGGAAUAACAAUUAAGUAUGCAUAAGAUAUAUAAGUACUAAGAAGUCAUAAAGUAGUUGAUUGUGAUCUGUAUUAUGAGAUAUUCCUUAUCAAGGUUUUCCCAGUAAUAAAGAGGCUGCAACCGUCUGAGAUUGCAGUUCUAUUGAUAGUCACUGUGAUAUGAAGUUUGAUGUUUACUAAAAAAGUUCGCUCAUCUCAUAUGGCUGUGGAAAUUGAAAAUACUAAAGAAACCC